AUGCGUCCACGCUUCGCUGCACAGGAAGCGGCAGCAUCUCGAUCACUGCCUGACGGCAAGGACAGCAGCAGCAGCACCAGCACCAGCAGCAACAACCGCGAUGAGUUCCCCGCUUCUCUCCGAGGAAAACGCAUCCUGCUGGCCACCGAGUCGCUGGGCCCUGUCAACGGCGUCAGUCGCACCACGCUCAGCCUGAUCGAGUACCUGCGCGCCCACGGCGUCGAGUUGGCCGUCGUCGCCCCUCGCUACGAGCAGAAAGGCCGCCGGCAACAGGUUGCAACAACAACAACAUCAUCAUCAUCUGCAUCGACGUCUGCGCCGGAAUCCGAGGUGCGCCUGCACGGGUAUCCGCUGCCCUACAACCCCGACCUGACUGUGGUCUACCCCUUUCGCUUCGAUCGCGUCUGCCAGCGCACCUUCAACCCCGACAUCGUCUACCUGGCCAGUCCCGCCUCCGUCGGCUUCCAGUUCCUCUGGCAGAUCCGCCAGCUGCAGGAACCCCCCGUCGUCCUGCUGAACUUCCAGACCGACCUGUCCGCCUACUCCGAGAUCCUGCUGCCCGGCGUCCUCGGCCGGUUCGCCGUCUGGCUGCUGGGCGCGGUCCAGGGCUUUCUGUUCAGCCAUCCCUCCGUCGACACCAUCUUCUACCCGUGCUCUGACAUCCGGCGGUACUUGGAAAAGGCGGGUGCGCCGCGAAAUCGCCUCGUCCACCUGGGUCGCGGUGUCGAUACCGUGCUCUUCAAUCCCAGCCGCCGCGAUGAAGUCUACCGCCGUGAACUGGCGCCCAACGGCGAAACGAUUCUGGUCUGCGUGUGCCGCAUUGCGCCCGAGAAAGGGUUCGAGUUCCUCGCCCAGGUGGCCGCCCGGCUCGUGCAGGAAUCCUUUCCCUUCAAGCUUCUCAUCGUGGGCGGCAACCGGAAUCCCGCCGUCGUGGACGAUGUGCGGAGGCUGUUCGAGCCCGUCCGCGACCACGUCAUCUUCACCGGCUUCUUGACGGGAGAACCGCUGGCCCGGGCCUACGCGUCGGGCGACGUCUUCCUACAUUGUUCCAUCACGGAGACGUUUGGCCUGGUGGUGCUCGAAGCCAUGGCGAGCGGCCUCCCCGUCAUUGCGCGCGAUCAAGGCGGUCCGUCAGACAUUGUCCGCCACGGCAAGACGGGCUACCUGGUGCCGCCGCACGACCUCGACGAAUUCGUCCGUCUGGCCCUGCAGGUGAGUCGCCAGGACGAUCUGAGGUCGACCUUGUCGACGGGCGCCCGGGAAUACGCAGACGAGACCACCUGGGAGAAGAUCAACCGGCGGGUGGCCUGGCACCUGAUCGACGGGCUGGAGAACCACCGCCGGCGGCUGCAGGCCAAGCGGGAGAAGAAGCGACCCAUCCGGAACUGGCUCGUGGCGCGGUACCACGCCUUCGAGCACGGCGUCGUCUGGCCGUUGCUGGAGCAGCUGCGCCUGAACGCAGCAAUCGGCUUCGUGUUCAUCAUGUGGAUGAUUGCCGUCGUGCCGCUGAUCGUGCACGGCAGUCGCAUAUUCCGCGGAACUGGCAGUUUGCUUUACAGUAUACCCAUGAUGUUCCAGGCGCAAACGAGUCGGCAUUUGAAGUAG